AUGCCGACCAAGCCGAGUGAUUUGCGGCUUAAUAUACCAAACUCAUCUGCAAAUAUCUCACCAUCUCUAUUUCCAUCUUCAACGCCAUCGAGAUCGCAGCUGCUGAAUGUGCCGCCUGCCAGCCCAUCGAGCAGCCGGAAGCUCGAUCCAAACAGCAUUUCAGCUCCAAUAACAAAUCCCAGUUCCCCAAAUCCUUCAACUCACUCACACACUAUCCAUCAUUCACCCAGAGUUCAUCGCACUUUCCACAAAUUGGCGUCAUCAAAGCCAGGAAAUUCCAGCAAGUACAAUCAAACGUCACCCUCUUUCUCGCACGCUCCAGCAACCUCCAACAGCGCUGCGUUUGGUGGUAGUGGCAAUAGCUCUAGCACUGCCAAGGGCGGCUUGGGUAAGGAUAUAGCUAGUGCCAUUGAGCUCCACGGCGAUUCCUGGCAGGCGAUAUGCGUCAAAGUACUGCCAUUGUUCAAUGGCGAGAACAUGAUAACAUCUUUGGAAGAUUUAAACGCGUUGGUCAUUAUUCAUAUCAGAGACACUAUCGCUCGCUCAAAACCAUCGCGCGUGAUUGAAAGCCUUUCCACUGAUUUUAACAACCUGAUCAGUAUUGGCAUGCUUACGCUUCGAGCCAAGCUUGUUCAACAUGUCGAUGAGAGUACUGAUCGUUUUGCGACACGUACCGUUGAAAUUUGGACAUUCUUCUUCGGUCAGGUUUUACCUCUUCUUGAAGGAGUAUUUCUACCGUAUAGCACAGAUACACAUAUUCAGGCACUAGCAAAAUCAUCAACAGCAAACUCUGCGAAAACGGGGGAUGGAUCGAGUCAUAAUCUGUCGUAUAACGACGAAUCAACGAGCAAGGUGGCGUUAUUACCGUCAGUGAUGAAUGUGCGCAAGUCAGUGAUAAAGGGUUUCAGAGAUCAGUUGAUUAUACCACUAUUUGGAAAAUUAGAGAGGUUAUUUAUGGAUUUAUGCGAUGAGGCUGUACCUGUAACACCUACAUCGGGACCACAGUCGAAGCAGUCACUUAGUUCGUUAAAGUCUGCUUACCAAAGUAUACCAGAUUCACUACCGUCAACAGCAGCAGCAAUAGCGGCUAGCUCUACGCAACCCAAAACAAGUGCCUUUAGUCCAAUACCGCGGCUGCAGCAGAUGUCACUGGUAGUAUCAUCAAUACGUGCAUCUGACACAAGUCAGGACCGGGUUGAGAGGUUAGGUAGGAUAAUACGUCGAAGCUAUAUUGGGGAUGUACAAAAUGAACAAUCGACAUCAAGUUCAGGAACAAGUUUGCUUUUCAGAUCAACACAAAGAACAUCGAGUAUCUCACCCUUUACAGAAAAGUUAUUAAACAAGAGACGAGAUAGGAGGGGGUGGAUAAGGAAGAAAACUAAUGCGAAUGCUUCAAGCACAGAUGAUCAUCUCGACGACGGAGGGAGCGGGAUGUAUGAAGCAGCGCUUGGGCGAGAGGCUACACAAAAGGACAGUGAAGAUGAGUGGCUGGAUACGCUGCGCUCACCGACAGAGACGGUUGGAUAUGUUAGCACAGGUAUUACACCGACGGUAAAUACACAGUUAUCAGAAAAACAGCCCGAGAGAACUGCACCAAUAAUCGCACCAAGGGGAUCAAGUCUUGCGUUUGGGUACAACGUAGAUGACGUUAGCUCAUCGGAUGAAGAUGAAGACAGUGGAGAAUCAAAUGGGGUAGAGGGAUUGAGGCGGGUAGAGACGGAAGUGGAUUUGGAGCAAAAUGAGAAAGAGGUGAAAGGGGGAGAGUACAACGAGGAGAGGGAAGGAAGGUCGAGUGAUGACAAAACACAAGAGACAGUUGUACAGGAGAGGUCGCCUGUAGAAGAUUCGUUGAGAAGGUGGGAUCAAGCACAGAAAGAGCUGGAGGAGAUGCUCGGGAUGACGGAAGGAGAAACACCCAAGGUAUCGAGUGAGGAGAGGUGGAGUAAACCACUCCCGCCAUCGCCCAAGUUGGUAGGACUAGAUUUGGAAGCAGAGGGAGAAGAAUAA